UCCCUGAGCCGGGCCCUGGUCUUCCGCGGCCGGCUCUCCGCCGCCAUGGGCUCGGAGAUGGAUCCGCUGCUCCUGGCCUGGAGCUAUUUUAGGCGCAGGAAGUUCCAGCUCUGCGCCGAUCUGUGCACGCAGAUGCUGGAGAAGUCCCCGUAUGACCAGGAACCAGAUCCAGAAUUGCCAGUGUCUCAGGCAGCCUGGAUUUUAAAAGCACGAGCACUAACUGAAAUGGUGUACAUAGAUGAAAUUGACAUAGAUCAGGAAGGAAUUGCAGAAAUGAUACUGGAUGAAAAUGCUAUUGCUCAGGUUCCACGUCCUGGAACAUCUCUGAAACUCCCUGGAACUAAUCAGACAGGAGGGCCUAGUCCAGCUGUCAGGCCGAUCACUCAAGCUGGAAGACCCAUUACAGGUUUCCUUAGACCCAGCACACAAAGUGGAAGGCCAGGCACUAUGGAACAGGCCAUCAGAACACCCAGAACUGCCUACACAGCUCGCCCUAUUACCAGCUCAUCUGGAAGAUUUGUCAGGCUGGGAACGGCUUCCAUGCUUACAAGUCCUGAUGGACCUUUUAUAAAUUUAUCUAGACUGAAUUUAACAAAAUAUGCCCAGAAACCUAAAUUGGCAAAGGCUUUGUUCGAGUAUAUCUUUCAUCAUGAAAAUGAUGUUAAGACUGCUUUGGAUUUGGCUGCCCUUUCCACAGAGCAUUCUCAGUACAAGGACUGGUGGUGGAAAGUGCAGAUUGGAAAAUGUUACUACAGGUUAGGAAUGUAUCGUGAAGCAGAAAAACAAUUUAAAUCAGCCCUGAAGCAGCAGGAAAUGGUAGAUACAUUUCUCUACUUGGCAAAAGUUUACAUCUCAUUGGAUCAACCUGUGACUGCUUUAAAUCUUUUCAAACAAGGCUUAGAUAAGUUUCCAGGAGAAGUAGCCCUACUUUGUGGAAUUGCCAGGAUCUAUGAGGAAAUGAACAAUAUUUCAUCAGCCACUGAAUACUACAAAGAGGUUUUGAAACAGGACAAUACUCAUGUGGAAGCCAUUGCAUGCAUUGGAAGCAACCAUUUUUACUCUGAUCAACCAGAAGUAGCCCUCCGGUUUUACAGGCGACUCCUGCAGAUGGGUAUCUAUAACUGCCAGCUUUUUAACAACCUGGGGCUCUGUUGCUUCUAUGCCCAGCAGUAUGAUAUGACUCUGACCUCAUUUGAACGUGCCCUUUCUCUGGCUGAAAAUGAAGAAGAGAUAGCUGACGUCUGGUACAACUUGGGACAUGUGGCUGUGGGAAUAGGAGAUACAAAUCUGGCCCAUCAGUGCUUCAGGCUGGCUCUAGUCAACAACAAUAACCACGCAGAGGCCUACAACAACCUGGCCGUGCUGGAGAUGCGGAAGGGCCAUGUCGAACAGGCAAGAGCACUGUUACAAACUGCUUCAUCUUUAGCACCCCACAUGUAUGAGCCGCAUUUUAAUUUUGCAACAGUUUCUGAUAAGAUGGGAGAUCUACAGAGGAGUUACAUUGCUGCUCAAAAGUCUGAAGCAGCAUUUCCAGAUCACGUGGACACUCAACAUUUAAUUAAGCAGUUAAAGCAGCAUUUUGCUAUGCUCUGA